AUGAAGUCGCUGGAAAGAGAUAGUGAUCGCCUUCGGUCUGAGAUCUCUUUACUGGAGUCAAAGCUGGGUCAUGGUGAUUUCUCUGCUGCAAAUACAAGGGUCUUGCGCAUGGUGAAUACUCUUGGUGUAGAGAAUGAGGCAAAACAAAAAAUAGAAGCGUUACAAGCAGAUUUACAAAAAAACAAAAGAAAGACUUCAAGCUGUUGA